AUGGACAGCAGCGCCGUCCCCACGAACGCCAGCAAUUGCACCGAUCCCUAUUUGCACUCUUCAAGUUGCUCCCCAGCACCUAGCCCUGGUUCCUGGGUCAACUACUCCCACCUAGAUGGCAACCUGUCCGACCCAUGCGGUCCUAACCGCACGGAGCUGGGCGGGAGCGACAGCUCUUGCCCUCCGACCGGCAGUCCUUCCAUGAUUACUGCCAUCACCAUCAUGGCCCUCUACUCCAUCGUGUGCGUCGUGGGUCUCUUCGGAAACUUCCUGGUCAUGUAUGUGAUUGUCAGAUACACCAAAAUGAAGACUGCCACCAACAUCUAUAUUUUCAACCUUGCUCUGGCAGAUGCCCUAGCAACCAGCACCCUGCCCUUCCAGAGUGUCAAUUACCUAAUGGGAACAUGGCCGUUUGGAACCAUCCUCUGCAAGAUUGUGAUCUCCAUAGAUUACUAUAAUAUGUUCACAAGCAUCUUUACCCUCUGUACCAUGAGUGUUGAUCGCUACAUUGCCGUCUGCCACCCCGUCAAGGCUCUGGAUUUUCGUACUCCCCGCAAUGCCAAAAUUGUCAAUGUCUGCAACUGGAUUCUCUCUUCAGCCAUUGGUCUGCCUGUGAUGUUCAUGGCAACAACCAAGUACAGGCAUGGUUCCAUAGACUGUACACUCACAUUCUCUCACCCAACCUGGUACUGGGAAAACCUGCUGAAAAUCUGUGUUUUCAUCUUUGCCUUCAUCAUGCCUGUGCUCAUCAUUACGGUAUGUUAUGGACUGAUGAUUUUACGCCUCAAGAGUGUCCGUAUGCUCUCUGGCUCCAAAGAAAAGGACAGGAACCUGCGAAGAAUCACCAGGAUGGUGCUGGUGGUUGUGGCUGUGUUCAUUGUCUGCUGGACUCCCAUUCACAUUUAUGUCAUCAUUAAAGCCUUGAUUACAAUCCCAGAAACAACAUUUCAGACCGUUUCCUGGCACUUCUGCAUUGCCCUAGGUUACACAAAUAGCUGCCUGAACCCAGUCCUCUAUGCAUUUCUGGAUGAAAACUUCAAGCGAUGCUUCAGAGAGUUCUGUAUCCCAACUUCCUCCACCAUUGAGCAACAAAACUCCACUCGAAUUCGCCAGAACACUAGAGACCACCCCUCCACGGCCAAUACAGUGGAUAGGACUAACCAUCAGCUGGAAAAUCUGGAAGCAGAAACUGCUCCAUUGCCCUAAGUGGGUCUCAUGCCAUUCAGACCCUCACUGAGCUUAAAAGCCACCAUCUCUGUGGAAGCGGGUCACUCAGGAACAUGUGGGAGGCUCUAGUUGCCUAGGAAAGUGCCUGCUUCCGAGUCAUCAAAACUUGAUCCUUUGUGGCCACUCCACUCUGCACAUGAGACGGACAUCUAAACUAAGUCAAGUACUGGGAAGGAAAGAACUAUAGCAUACCAAGGAGUCCGGUUUGUGUACAUAAUCUCAAGGAAGACACUUAAUGGGACCAAAACACACCGUGGUAUGUGAUUUGAGGUCAUCCUAUAAGAUGACCCUUCUGUGUAUAAUAUUUUGUUUUCAAGCAAACAUUGAUGGCCUCAUC